GCCGUCGGAAUGCAGAGAGUACAGGUCACGCCACGGAGUUUUCCCAAAAACCUCAUUGACAAAGACUGGUCCAAGCGGAAAAUUACCCAUAAAAAUGUAAAUAUACCGGAAUUUCUUGAUGUGAUUCAUGACAUGGAAAUUCGGGAGGAUGACGUCUGGGUCGUCACCCUUCCAAAGUCAGGAACCACUUGGAUGCAGGAACUACUGUGGUUACUUCUCAACAAUUGUGACUUCGAGGGAGCUCUUUCAACACAUCAGGAGCUCCGAUCUCCUUUUUUGGAGUUCAAUUUCUACAUAAAUGAAGAUAUAGAGGACUCUUUGAAACCUGUCCAAGAACUUCAGUCCCCUCGUCUGAUUAAAUCUCAUUUGGCACUUCCUCUACUACCCUCCAAGUUGUGGCUGGGUACAAAUAAAGUUAUCUAUGUCUUUCGGAAUCCCCUCGAUGCUUGGGUAUCACUCUAUUAUCAUGGUGUUACCACGGGCCCUAAUUAUGGCAAAACCCUAGAACAAUACUUUGAUGAGCAGGUGUCUUCCCAAGAGUACGUAACGGAGAUCAUAGAACACGCCUACGAAUUCUACCAACUGAGAAAGGAACCUUGGAUUUUCUACACCAGUUUUGAGAGAAUGAAAAAGGAUCUUCAAGGAGUAAUAAAUGAUGUGUCUAAAUUUCUGAAUAAACCAGUAAGCGAAGAGCAAAUGGAAAGACUGCUGAAGCAUUUGUCUUUUGAGGAAAUGAAAAAAAAUCCCACCACAAAUCAUCUCUGGGAGAGAGCCCACAAAGCCCACACCACUCACAAAAAUGCUGGAAAGGAAAAACACAAUUUUGUGCGAAGAGGCAAGGUUAAUGGCUACAAAGAUGAGCUCAAACCUGAACAAAUUGAGAAGGUGAACGUCUGGAUAGAGAAGAGUCUGAAGGAGAAUUCUAUCACUAUGGAAGAACUUUUGCUACUUAACGAGUCAUAUAAGAAUACUCUUUGAAUAAACAUGAUGUACAUAUAAGAACAAUUAAAGCUCCUUCUCAAUUGGAUGGGAAUAGGAAUAGCCAUUAAAAUGUAGUUUAAAAAUAAUCAAAAGGUGCAAAAUUAGAUCUCUCCAAUUUGUUA